UAGAAGAUAGGAGAUAGAAGAUCGAAGAUAUAUGUGGCUAUGUGGGUAGGUUUGAAUCUUCGUUGACUUGACUAAUGAGUAGGGGUACGUAGUUUCUUCUACAGCUUCCAUUGAGUAGGGUACAUAGUUUCUUCUACAGCUUUCAUCAUCAUCAUCAUCAUCAUCAUCAUCAUCAUCAUCAUCAUCAUUAUCGGAGGGCAGUUUCAAGAAUUUGUUGAUGGAUUAUGCUAAUCACAUUCUGUUGACCAUCAGUCAAAUCAAAUAACUUUGAAUGCUUGCUUGGUCUGUGUUCAUGACAGUUGAACAAAUAAGAGUUUGACUGCUUAUCAAGAUCACUACCAAAGUCUUAUAAUACUUUUGACAUAUUACUUAGAACCUGAUAGUUUUCACAUCAGGAGAGAACCAUGGCUGAUGCUCUUGGUCUUCACGUGGAGGAAUUAAUCAAUUACUUCAUGAGAUAUGACCACUCAUAUGUUGAAGGAGCACAAGAAUACAAGAGAAAGAUGACCGAAUAUUUUGCGGAUCUCAUGAAUUACCUCAAAGACAUGAUGGCAGGGUAUGAAAAUGCGCAAGUGCUAGCUCUACUGAAGGAAAUGCAAGGCAUGGUAGAUAGCGAAGCUUUGGAUAUGAUUGUAAAAGCAGCGAGCAGCUCCGGAUUGUCAGCUUUGAUCUCAUAUCGUUCAGAUACACAUAUAACACACCCAUUGGAUAAGAUGAUACUUAUUUGUGAACAACUCUGUAAUAUCAGAUAUAAUUCAAACGUAGAGGAAGAAAAAGUUGUGGUGGGUUUUGAUAAUGAAAUAGAAACACUACUUGAUCAACUUACCUCAACUUCUACAAAGCAGUACCAAAUUAUCUCAAUUACCGGAAUGGCUGGGCUUGGAAAGACGACUUUGGCUAGAACAUUAUACAGCCAUGAAUUAGUCAAGUACAUGUUCGACUUUCGAGCAUGGGCUUGUGUUUCUCAAGUAUAUAUAAAGAAGGAUUUGUUACUUAGUAUAUUAAGCUCUUUUAUGGAUGAUCUUACAGACGACUUGUAUGAAAUGGGCGAGCACCAGUUGGGGGAAAAAUUAUACAGAAAACUAAAGGGUCGUAGAUAUUUGGUGGUCUUGGAUGAUAUAUGGGAUUGUACGGUCUGGAACGACCUCAAAAUGUAUUUUCCAGAUGACAAAACCGGAAGCAGAGUUCUAUUUACUAGCCGAGACAUAGACGUCUGUUUAAAUGUACAGUCAGCAAGACCUGCUCAUGUCUUGCGUCUUCGUACUAGAGUUGAAAGUUGGGGCAUAUUUCAGAAGAAUGUGUUUAGAAUGGGAAUAUGCCCGGAUGGAUUGGAGAAAUUUGGACUGGUGAUAAAUAGAAAAUGUGAAGGUUUGCCUCUUGCAAUUGUUAUAGCUGCUGGUCUAGUGAAAAAUAAUCUUUCCGUCACCUGGUGGGAGCAAAUUGCUGCAAGUCUACAUACAUUCAUGGUUAGUGAUCCAAGACAGUAUAUGGACUCUCUGUCUUUAAGCUACGACCAUUUGCCUCCUCACUUAAGACCUUGUUUUCUCUUUUUGGGAGCAUUUACUAAGGACUAUGAAGUCCCAGUGACAAAGCUGAUUUGGCUAUGGAUUGCUCAAGGAUUCAUACAUGAAACCACAAGCAGAAUGCUGGAGGACGUUGCAGUGGAUUUCUUGCUGGAUUUAAUCAGGAGAAGUUUGGUGAUGGCGUCCCGAAAAAAGUCUGACGGUCAAGUUAAAACUUGCCGCAUCCAUGACUUAUUGCAUGAUUUUUGCUUGAGAAAAGCCGAGGAAGAAAAUUUUCUGGCAAACAAGUAUAGGUAUGGUAUGCUCUCAUCAACGCUUUGCUUUCCGUUGGAGCUAGGAAAAUCUCUACAAGAGGGUGGAUCAAUUCACAUCGACACAUACAUGUUUCUUAAGAUUUUGGAUUUAGAGUCCAUUCUUAUCUCGUUAUUCCCUUUAGCUGUUGUUCACAUGGUUAAUCUGAGAUACCUGGCCAUUCAAGCACAUGAUGGAAGCCCCCAUGCAUCAAUAUCAAACCUCGUGAAUCUACAAAUGCUCAUAAUAUCCUCAAGGAAGAAUAUCGUUUUACCAAAAACAAUAUGGAGCAUGCUAAAUCUAAGGCACCUAUAUAUGAAAUCAGGGAUAAACCUUAUGGAGGAGCCUAGUUUUCUACAAGUUACAGAGAAGGAUGGACCCAGUGCAUUGGCUAGCUUACAAACCUUAUCCCAAGUAAAUCCUCGAUCUUGCCACAAUGUAUUUUCAAGGACUCCAAAUCUUAGGAAGCUUGGGUUUUGUGGAUCCUUAAUAUCAAUGUCAGGUGAUCUGGAAUUUCCUGAUUUAGGCUCUCUAGAUCACCUUCAAAAGUUGAAGUUACAUAAUACAUUUUUUUACCCUGAACCAACGAGAUCAUGCAAUCCUUAUAAUUUUCCUGAAAAGAUUAAGAGACUGACUUUGUUAAAUACUUGCAUGGAUUGGGGAGAGAUGUGGACCUUUGCAUGGCUGCCUAACCUUGAGGUUUUAAAAUUAAAACUUAAUUCAUGCAUUGGAGGAAGAUGGGAGACGGGGGAUGCAGAGUUUCUGAAACUCAAGGUCUUGAAAUUGCAUGAUCUGGACAUAAAGCAAUGGGUUUGUUUCAGGGAUAAUUUUCCUAGGCUGCAACGUUUGGUGGUUCAUCGUUGCUUAAAACUUGACAGUGUCCCGGCGGCUCUUGGGAAGAUUUUAACUUUGGAGGUGAUUGAGGUGAAUGGAUGCGGCUUGUCUGCAUAUAGAUCAGCAGUGGAAAUUCAGAAAGAGCAAGAGUCUGAAGGUAACAGUUUCUUGAAAGUCCACCGAAAAGAAAAUUUCUAAGACACUUAUGUUUGAGAGUAGUGAUUGAAAUCCUUCAUGUGAAAGUUUUGUGGGUCUAAGUUUUGAGGUAAUAGAAGUGUGUGUUUUCUUCAUCUGUCUGAUUGCUUUCUGUUUAAAAUAAAAGCAGCUUGAAAACUUCAUCUAAAUAUAAAAACAUUGCUUUUGAACUACAUUUGAUUAAUAUGUAUGUUUGUUUUUUUCUCAAAA